GCCGCAGCUCCAGCCGCUGCCGCUCGAUCAUCUCUGGCUCCGACUCGAGCGCGUCGAAGACCGCGGCGCCCACCAGCAGGAGAGUAAUCUGGGCAAGAGGAAUUUUCUUCCAUCAUAUCAGUGAAGACAUUGAGGCUCCGAGGGACCAGGUGAUUGAACACAGAGGGGGUAAGAGGCCUUGACCUUCUUGACCAGAGAUGAAAUCCUGUGCGUCCACGGCUCCUUCCUGAAGCUCUGUCCCCCCGGGAAGUACUACAAGGAGGCCACCUUGACCAUGGACCAGGUCAGCUCCCUGCCGGCUCUGAGGGUCAACCCUUUCAGAGACCGAAUCUGCAGAGUGUUUUCCCACAACAAUGUGCUCUCCUUCGAGGAUGUGCUGGGCAUGGCAUCCGUGUUUAGCGAGCAGGCCUGCCCCAGCUUGAAGAUCGAGUACGCCUUCCGCAUUUACGAUUUUAACGAGAACGGCCUCAUCGACGAGGAGGACCUGCAGAGGAUCAGCCGGCGACUGCUCAACGGCAACGACGUGUCAGAGGACCUGCUGACCGACCUCACCAGCCACGUCCUGAAUGAGUCAGAUCUGGACAAUGACAACGUGCUGUCUUUCUCAGAGUUUGAACACGCGAUGGCCAAAUCUCCAGACUUCAUGAACUCCUUUCGGAUUCACUCCUGGGGAUGCUGAUGUGGCCCCAAAUACCUGCCCUGGCAGCCUUGAGGGGGACCCUUGGAACUAGGAAUUCAACCCCCUGCAGGCGCUGGGGGAAAUCUGAUUAGAAGAAUGACUUUGUCCCCAUCCCUCCCUCACUUCUAGAAUAUUGUUUAUUCAAUAAAGCAAAAGAAAAGCCUUU